AUGGCCAGAUGGGCAGCCCUGGUGGUGCUGGUUGCGGUGGGUACAGCAGUGGCAGUGGCCACCAACCCCGGCUUCGUGGCCAGGAUCACGCAGAAGGGCCUUGACUACGUCUGCCAGGAGGGAGUGGCCAAGCUGCGGAAAGAGUUGGAGAAAAUCAACAUCCCUGAUAUCUCAGGAAAAGUUAAGAUGAAGCCUUUUGGAAAAGGACAUUACAGCAUCUACAGCAAAACUAGUGGCAAUUUUGACCUGAGAGUGGAAGGCAUCUCUAUUUCGGCUGAUCUGAAGCUGGGCAGUGACCCCGGGUCAGGACACCCCACCGUCACCUGCCCCAGCUGCAACAGCAACAUCAACAGUGUGCAUGUGGGCAUCUCAGGCAGCAAACUGGGGUGGCUGAUCAGACUCUUUCGCAGUAAAAUUGAGUCUGCACUCCGAAGAGCCAUUAACAGCAAGAUCUGCAAUGUAGUGGCCAACUCCGUGUCCUCUAAGCUACAACCUUACUUCCAGACUCUGCCAGUGACAGCCAAAAUAGAUGCUGUGGCUGGGAUCGAUUACUCACUGGUGGCACCUCCAACAGCCACAGCCGACAGCCUGGACGUGAAGCUGAAGGGAGAGUUUUUCAGGCUGGCCUACCGCACCCCGCCUCCCUUUGCCCCACCAGCACUGGCGUUUCCCACUGACCACCACCACAUGGUAUACCUGGGCAUCUCCGAGUACUUCUUCAAUACUGCAGGGCUCGUGUACCACACAGCUGGAGUCAUGAGGCUGGCCUUCACGGAUGACAUGAUUCCACAGGAAUCCAAAUUCCGAUUGACAACCAGAUCCUUUAGAUCCUUCCUACCUCAGGUGGACAAGAAGUUCCCCAACAUGAAGAUGCAGCUCUUCCUGUCUGUCUCCUCCCCACCUCAACUGGCUGUGGACCCCACCGGCCUCACCCUCACCCCUACACUGGAGGCCCAGGCCUUUGCAGUCUUCCCGAACUCCUCCCUGACCUCCCUCUUCCGGCUUGGCUUGAUCAUGAACAUUUCUGUGGUGGUUGGUAUCAAGUCUGACAGGCUUGUUGGAGAGCUGAUGAUGAACAAGCUGCACCUGGAACUGAAGCACUCAGCUAUUGGCUACUUCCCGGUUCAGUUGCUGGAGGCUGUCAUGAACUAUUUUGUGCCCACUGUUUUGCUUCCCAAGGUCAAUGAGAGACUGCAAAGAGGCAUCCCUCUCCCACUGCCUGCCCACAUCCAGCUCUCCAACAUGGUGCUUCGGCCUUACCAGGAUUUCCUGCUGUUCGGGACAGAUGUUAAGUAUGGCUAA